AUGAACGCGACCUCGUCGUCCAGAUUGUUUUCCCAGCUGAGGAUAGAACCGUAUAUCCCUGUGCUACAAGAUCCUACCACCCAAUAUCACAAGCAGCGUAUCACUAAGGUGACAAAGGAGCCUAGUGCACCAUUUGACCCCGAAAGGAUGCUAGGCUACUCGAGGACGGACGAGGACCUGCCGAUCUUGGACAUGGAGAACGAGGUACUGCAGAGGACCAUCAAGGACUACAACGCCUACAUGCAGAGCUCGAGUCUGGCCAGGAAUAAGGAGCAGGUGCAGAGCCCCGAUCGUGGACAGUUCAUUCCUGAACCAUCCCCAUCCUCGUCUUUGAGGUCAAUGGAGCCCAUGGCCCCACCAGAGAGCGAAGACGAGCUGCGUGGCGACCUUUCCUGCAUAAAUGGCACCUUCAUGCCAGCGCCGCUCGUACAGCACGCGGUCAUCAAAUAUGUUAAGUGA